CCUGGUUUUGUGGUCGUUACAUGGCUCGCGACGCCUUCGUAACGCGGCCUGUCGGUUGUGAGUCGUCGGAUUCCAAGGAAAGGACUCGUGUUCUGGGUGGCGACACGAAUCUUUCACCAAAUUGGAUCGAAGGCACCAAGCACAUGAGCUCGCCCAUGGGUCUCUCUUCCGUGCUCCCUUCCCAGCCUCCUCCAGCUACUCUGCUUUGUUCCUUGAUCCACUCUCGCCGCUCCUUCAUCUGGUUCCCUUCUCCAUGGCUGAGCUCGAGGUCUCUAACUUCACAGCAUCCCUUACCGUCCGUGUUGCUUCCGCGCCGUGGGCCUUCCGUUCGCAAGCCCACGGUGCGCACCGCCGUGGUUGCACUCGCCUCCGACGGAGACUCCGCGGCUAAGGCUCUCCGGAAGAUCCUUGAGACUCCCGGAAUCCACCAGGGCCCAGCUUGCUUCGAUGCCCUCAGCGCUAGGCUCGUGGAGAGAGCGGGUUUCCAAUUUUGUUUCAUGAGCGGUUUUUCAGUUUCAGCUGCUCAUUUGGGGUUGCCUGAUGUUGGUCUUAUAUCUUAUGGGGAAAUGGUUGAUCAAGGACUGCAAAUCACUCAAGCCGUAUCAAUUCCUGUGAUUGGCGAUGGAGACAAUGGUUAUGGGAAUGCUAUGAAUGUUAAAAGAACAGUUAAAGGGUUUAUUCAAGCUGGCUUUGCAGGAAUAAUCAUUGAAGACCAGGUAUCACCAAAAGCCUGUGGCCAUACUCAUGGAAGGAAGGUAGUAUCCAGGGAGGAAGCAGUUAUGCGCAUAAAAGCAGCUAUUGAUGCACGGAAAGAGAGUGGAUCUGAUAUUGUUAUAGUCGCACGAACUGAUUCUCGCCAAGCUGUAUCUUUUGAGGAAUCACUAAGGAGGUCAAGAGCCUUUGCUGAUGUUGGAGCUGAUGUGUUGUUCAUUGAUGCAUUGGCUUCUAGGGAGGAGAUGAAGGCUUUGUGUGACAUAUCUCCUUUGCUUCCAAAAAUGGCCAACAUGCUUGAAGGUGGGGGGAAAACUCCUAUAUUGAAUCCUGUUGAACUUGAACAACUUGGUUUCAGAAUUGUGAUCUACCCAUUAUCUUUGAUUGGUGUAUCAAUCCGAGCAAUGGAGGAUGCACUUGCUGCUAUAAAAAGUGGCCGUCUACCUCCUCCUGGAAGCUUGCCAUCAUUCGAUGAAAUUAAAGAUACACUAGGCUUCAACGACUACUAUGAAGAAGAAAAGAGAUACAAUAUCAAUCCUGUUCAGCCAUCCUAUCAAAUAGGUACAGAAGAUUCCCCUCGAACUACCACUGGUUACCGUACAAAGCUGACAACUCAAGAAGUACCUCAGCAAAAUGAAAGAACAGACAACUUGAAUGAACCAGUUGUUGAAGUGGUAACUCCAUAUGUUUAUGAUAAUUACAGUUCAGGCUAUUCAAGGAGUCGUCAAUCUGGAAUAUGGUCCCGUACACUUAGAUUGAAGAUUACUGGGAGGGAUGGACUCGAGAGGCUUGAUGUCAGAAUCCCGGCCGGUUUCUUGGAAGGUAUGGCAAGAGUGAUACCAGGCUUGGGAGGUAUUGAUAUCAUGCAAAUGUUGGAGGAUGCUUCUGUUGAUGGUGGCACUGAAAGAGGUAAAAUAUUGCUAGAUUUCAACGAUGCCAUUGGAGACAGGAUUCAAGUGUUCGUGGAAUGAACGCAUGUAGCAUUGCAACUCAAAUAUCAGCAAUCACUUUUCUGGUAAAUUUUCACAAUUGUCAGUAUCGUAAUCAUUAUACUCCCAAAAUUAACAGUGGGAUGCUAAUUUUAUAAAGUGCAUCUGAAGGCUACGACCGUUCUAUCUUCUCCUAUCCGAUUGUAUUUACAAUUGAUUCAUAGGAAUAUUGGCAUCUGAAUAAAAAGUCAUUGAUCAACAA